GAGUGCAUAAUAAAAUAUAAUUGUAAAAAAUUGUAAAAAACGUAUGAUUGAAUUAGUGAUUUUAGAUUGUACAACUGAUAUUAUUUAAAUAAAGAAUAUUAUUUAAUUAUAUUUAUUGAUAUAUUAUAAGAAAGAGAUUUAUUUAAAUAAAAUACUAGAUAUAGAAAUUAAAUAUGGAAAUUGAUGAAAAUAAUGCAACGGCUUCAACGGAUACACCAAUGGAAGUUGAUGAUGAUACUUCUGGAAAAAAUAGUAUUAUGUCAACAAAUACUCCUAGUGCUAUAAAAGUAAUGGCAUCUUCAGGUACUGUUGGCUCUGUUUCUAUUAGUCUUCAUCCUCUUGUUAUAAUGAAUGUUAGUGAACAUUGGACUAGACUUCGUGCCCAAGAAGGAACAGAUCAAUUAGUAUAUGGAGCAUUAAUUGGCAAACAAAAAGGACGCAACAUAGAAAUUAUGAAUUCUUUUGAAUUAAUGUUUACAUGUAUUAAAGAUGAUGUGAUAAUUGAUAGAGACUAUUAUAAUACUAAAGAAGAACAAUUUAAGCAAGUUUUUAGUGAAAUGGAUUUCCUUGGGUGGUAUACUACAGGUGACAUGCCUAAUGAAAGAGAUAUUACAGUACAUAAACAACUUUGUGAAAUUAAUGAGAGCCCUGUGCUAUUAAAACUUGAUCCAAGACCAAAAAAUACUGAUCAACUUUCUGUUUCUAUGUAUGAAUCAGUAAUUGACUUAGUAAAUGGAGAAGCUACAAUGUUGUUUGUUCCAUUGACUUAUACAUUAGCAACAGAAGAAGCAGAAAGAAUUGGAGUAGAUCAUGUAGCAAGAAUGUGUAGUAAUGAUCAAGGAGAGAGUUCAUUAGUUGCUGAACAUCUCACUGCACAACAUAGUGCUAUAAAAAUGUUACAUUCAAGAGUAAAAUUAGUUCUAAAAUAUGUACAAGCUGUACAGAAUGGAGAAUUGAAAGGAAAUCAUGAAGUUUUAAGAGCAGCUUGUUCUUUAGGACACAGAUUACCAGUUUUAAAUAAUCCUAAAUUCAAAGCUGAUUUUUAUAAUCAAUGUAAUGAUUUUGGCUUGAUGACGUAUCUUGGUAUUAUAACAAAAGGUUGCAACAAUAUAAAUCAAUUUGUUAAUAAAUUCAAUAUUUUGUAUGAUAGGCAAGGUGUUGGUCGUCGUUUGCGAAGCCUUUUUUUGUAAUGAGUAAAUAGAAUUCAUUGUUUUUUUAUACUUGUACCUUUUUUACUCUAAAAAUUAUAAUGAAUACUUCUGGAAUUUCAGAAAUUCAAUGCAGUAAAUUUGGUUAAUAAAUCAAAUGUUGUAAUAGAUAUUGUACCUCAUAAAAAUAAAUAUAAAAAUAAAAUAAA